UGCCAAGAAUAUAAUAUACCCAAGUCAACAUUAUCUACGAUUUUAAAAAACAGAAAACAAAUUAAAAGUUUUUAUAGAAAAGAAAUCAAAUGUCUUCAACCAAAAAAAAAUGCGUGCUUCAAAGUAUGGAGCGGUGGAAAGGGCUCUGUUGAUUUGGUUUCAUCAGCUUCGGGCCGAAAACACACCUUUUCCUGGAGGCUUAAUGGUGGAGAAAGCCAACAAAUUGGCUAAAGCCUUAAUAUCGAUUUUAAGGCAACAAAUGGCUGGUUGGACCGCUUCAAAGCUAGAAAUGAAAUUGUUUUCAAAAAAAUUUGUGGGAUGUCUACAAGUGUACAACCACAAAUGACAGUAAAUUGGACAACCAAUACACUACCUUCCCUUUUUAAAAAAUACGUAACAAGUGUCAUUUAUAAUUGUGAUGAAUUUGGCUUAUUUUAUAGAUGUUUGCCCGACAAAACAUUGGCAUUUAAAGAAGACAAAUGUUUUGGUUGAAAAACCUCAAAGGAAAGGCUAACCGUUUUAGUUGGAUGUGACGCAGAUAGCUCCGAAAAAAAUUUCCAUUAUUUGUGUUCGGAAAAUUUAAAAAGCCGCGAUGUUUUAAAAACGUUUAUGAGCUUCCUUUGCAAUAUGAAGCAAACAAAAACGCUUGGGUGACAUCAGAAUUAUUUUUGAUGUGGUUGAAGAAUAUAGAUCAGUAUUUUACAAACAGAAAUAAAAAAUUUGCUUUAAUUCUUAGAAAAUAUUGAACUCAUAUUUUUGCCGCCGAAUACUACAAGUGUGUUGCAGCCGUGUGACCAAGGAAUUAUUAAAAAUCUGAAGCAUCAAUACUGGAAAAUUAUUUUAAGCAAAUAUUUUGCCGCAAUUGAAAUGAAACAAAAAUUAGAUGUCAAUGUUUUAAAAGCGUUGUUUAUGUUAAAAAUGGUUUGGACUAAAAUGGGUACAAUUGGCAAUUGUUUUCGUCAUUGUGGUUUUGAGCAAGAGUUUUUGAUUUUGGAUGUCAAUGUGAAUGAAAUGCCAUUAUCAACACUGUGGGAACAAACAAAUGUGGAAGCGUUGUCUUUGGAAGAAUAUAUAAACAUAGAUGAAAAUAUUUUAACGUCGGCGCCCUUAUCUGAUAGUGAAAUUGUGGAAAUUGUAAAUCCUCCAUCUAAUAAUAAUUUGAGUGAAGAAGAAGAUGAGGUGGAAAUACCUAAAAUUGAAAAUGUGCAUAUUUUUUCCAAAAAUAAAAAGAUAUGUUCAAUCAAAGCCUUAUGCAGAGGAGGCAAAUGAACAUUUAUAUGCCUAAAAAAAUAUAUAUCAGCAGAUAUUAUCAGUGCUGCAAUA